AUGAUGCUGCAGGACGAGGCCAGGCGGGUGGACGGCGCUCGCUGCUUUAGUACCCCUGGACUGACCCGAUCCCGGCACCGACCCGAUCCCACCGGCCCCUGGGACGGCUGCUGCCCCCCGGACCCGGCCGAGGGGCCGACCCCCGGCCCCCCGCCCGCCCCCCAGCGCCGGUCCAUGGGGGCAGAUGGGAUGUAUGAGAAGAUCAGGAUGUUGAACAUUCAGAGCACAGGCUGGGGCGGGCGGCAGGACUGGUACCCGGACGGGCUGGUCCCCGGGCAGCCCAACCCAGACAGCUGCCAGCAGCUGGACGGUGGCCUGGAGCCCGAGCCCCUGCCCGGGGCCGGCGCCGACGACCCGGACGACUCGCAGCUCCGGCUGCAGCUGAAACGCAAACUGCAAAGGAACCGAACGUCCUUCAGCCAGGAGCAGAUCGAGGCGCUGGAGAAAGUCUCCAGCCCGGACGAGGAUGCUCCCGGCCCAGCACAAGCACCAGGUGCCUCGUACGCCACUGACACAGCAACAGGGGGCGCCCUCUUGCCGGGGUUCGGGGAUUUCCCUCCCCUGGAGCCGGCCCCCAGCUCCCUGGAGCAGCUGCUGGGGUCCAACGUGCUGAACACGUUUUUCGAGGUGAGGGUCUAUUACCGGGGGCACCUCGUGCUGCAGACGCUGGUCCCCAACCCGCAGGGCUUCCGGCUGGUGCCCCCCAGCGCCGGGCCCAGCCCCUGCCCCGAGCUGGCGGACGUGGCGCUGCCCGAGCCGGGGGUGCUGCGGGACGGGGUGCAGGCCUCGUACACGGCCCGGCUGCUGCAGGGGCUGGGGGCCGGGGUGCUGCUGCGGGUGGAGGGACCUGCCCUCUGCGCCACCCGCCUGGGGCGCCUCCACGCCUACUGGGGGCGCACAGAGACCCCCGAGCCGGGGGCCGAAGGCGGGGAGCUGUCCAAGGAGGGGUGCACCCCCGUCUACGACCUGCCGCGCUUCGUCAGAGAGCUCAUCCGCUUCAUGGAGGGGCAGGGCAGCUCCCCCACCUACGAGCUGUGGCUCUGCCUGGGGGAGGCCUGGCCGGACACGGGGCGCUCCUGGAAAAAGAAACUCAUCAUGGUGCAGGUGGUGCCCACGGCCCUGCAGACCCUGCACCAGCUGAGCCAGGCCGGGGGGGCCUCGUCGCUGCGGGCGGAGGAGCCGGACCUGCGCAUCUCGGACUCGCUGGGGGAGGCCGGGCUGCUGGGGGCCCUGCGGGGCUGGGAGGAGCGGAUGGAGACCCAGCCCUACGGCUAGCCGGCCGCUCGCGCUCGCCCACCCAGCCGAACCCCGGCGUCCGGGACAGAGCCCCGGGCUUCACCCACCUUGUCUGUGCCCUCAGGCCGCUGGGGGUGGGGCGGCCUGGUUCUCGGGGCCCACAAGGAGCAGGUCCAUCCCAGACAGG